AUGCUUCGGGCACGUUGCAACAAGAGCUUUGGGACAAAGGACACCGCUCCUACCGCUGUACUAGAGAUAUUCCUGCAGGGAGGAUUCUGUCGCCGCAUUCCUGUGCCUUUGACUGCUGGCAAGUAUAGGAGCACAGAGUUGAAGGAGCGCAUGGUCAAUAAGUACCAGCCGCCCCGAUAUUUGAGGCAGCCAGUCAUCCAGCCUCAGUUUCCAUCGGUGGUUUGGAGCACGGCAGCAAUCCUCGCAGUCUGGCGGACCGAUCUGACGCGGAAAACAACCUUCAAGUAUAAAGCAGACUGGAUAAUCUUGGCGCUUUGUGACGCACGCCACAAAAUCGCCUUCAUUUGCUUGUCGAGCACCUCCUGCAGGCCUCGGCCAAAGCAGCUGGAGCUUCAGGUGUAG